AUGGGUUGCUGUGGCUGUGGAGGUUGUGGCGGCUGCGGUUGUGGUGGUUGUGGUUGUGGUGGUUGUGGCUGUGGUUGUGGUGGCAGCUGUAGUGGUUGUGCCGGCUGCUGUCGCGGCUGCUGCGCCUGCUGUUCCCCAAGAAUCUACUGCUGCCGCCGCACCUGCUGCAACUCCUGCGGCGGCUGCGGCUGUGGCUGUGGCUCUUGUGGCUGCGGCUGUGGCAAGUGCUGCUGCUGCCAGAAGAAGUGCUGCUGCCAGCAGAAAUGCUGCUGCAAGAAGCAAUGCUGCUGCUAG